UCUCACACACUCUCUCUUGCAAUCUCUCCCAUCGCAGCCAUGGCCUCCUGGAAAGGGCCAUGGAACCAGUACUCCUCGAGUGACGACGACAUCUGCAGUCCUGAUUUCAUGGAAGGGCCAAAGGAGCCAUCAGAGACCGACACGGAGGAGGAGCACUCGGAGAACCAUGAAGAAGAUGAGGAGGAGGAGGAGGACGACGACGAGGAUGUCGAUGACAGUGAUGGCGACGAUGACGACUUUGAUGACAGUGAUAAUGACGACGGCGGCCACAAGAAGCCGACAGUAAGCGGCAAGAAGUAUCCUCGCCAAUACAAUGGCGCAAAAGUGGCAUCCAAGAAGAAGAAGGAGUAGACUAGUAUAUCUUUGUUGUUGAGUUUGCUUAUAUAUAUACUCCAUAUAUGUUGAUACUUUCCUCCCUAGCUAUUAGUUGAUGUAAUUAAUGGAGUCUUAUUAAUGGUU